CGCGCGCAACUGCGGGCAUGUCUGUCUCGUGGAUUUUAGGCUGAACUGCUUUCACUUACAUAGCUGGUACGUGUGGUCAUUCCAUACAGAUGGGUUAAAGUCUGUCGCUUUGUUGUCGCUUAAAUAACUUGCACUAUAUUAUUUUAAGUAGCAUAGAUAAUUAGCUCACCGACAGCCUCAACAAGAAAGGAUUAAAUUUGACCACAGGAAGGCAACAGGCAAGUUUAAUUCGAAACAACUUCACCCAUACUUGAAUAUUGGUGGGGUUAUGUGCAAACAACAACAGGAGAUCGUGAGACACUGUUAUCCAUGAACACGCAGACGUAGUCAUGAGAUAUGUUGUGUUCCUCAAUUGUAAGUCGCUUUAGAUAAAUGAGUUUGCUAAAUUAAUAAAUGUAAAUAUGUGUAAGAGCUGGGAUUGCACUGUUAGACAUAUGAGUUGUGGAUACAUGUGAGUUCUCUUAGUCCGUUACAGUACGUUUACAGUAAGUUCAUAUGCAUUAGAUACAAAGUGCUUGCAAAUGUUUGGAAACUCCUUUGACACGUUGUUAUAACUGUUCUGGCAGAACUUUCAGUUUGGUAUGUUUUUUUUUUUCUUAUUUAGUGUAAGACCCAAGAACAAGAAAAUAAGAGACUAGGUGUGAAAAAAAAUAUUUUUUUGCUCCUUUGUAUGUAUAACUAUGCUCAUUAGAGUACAUACUUGCCAUAUAACAAUUGGAUUUGCUUUGUACUUCUUUACCAAAUCACAAUGUGCCGUUGAGUAAGUAACACUUUUUAAUCACUGACGUGUUGGAAACUGGACAAAGUUGAAAGCUUGCACACAGAAAAUGUCAGCUUGUAGCUUUCUAAACACAUAGCUGUUAUUAUGGAAGUGCCCUCUUAGCUCCCAGUAAUAGUUAACACGGCACAUGCCUUAGGAUUUACUGGCUAGUGCAGUCGCUUGGUUGUUACCGGUCUUUGAACUCUGUUAAACUGCUAAGCCUUCAUCUAUUAAUUUUGGGGAUUGACAUUCCUUCUGCAUUUUAUACAGAAUUAAAUAAUUCAGCUUUAUAGCAUCAGUAUUGUUGUAACAUGGUGGAAGUGAAUACAUGCAAUGAAAGGACUGAGGAUGUUAAGGAGGACAUGAGGACUGAUGGCAGUGGACACACUGUGGAAAAUGUGGCUCCAGAGCUGGUCAGUCACGAAACCAAGGAAGACCUGGAAACCCAAACGCAGAAGACCAGAACCUGGAUAUGGUCCGUUGUUUAUCUUUGUUUCUAUGGCUUCAUGGUGCAGCUGAAGCCUGGAGAGCCGUUUAUCACACCAUACCUGCUCAGUACAGAGAAUAACUUCACUAGUGAACAGGUUACCAAUGAAAUCAUCCCGGUCCUCUCAUAUUCCUAUAUGUCCGUUCUGGUGCCUGUGUUUCUGCUGACAGAUUACCUACGCUACAAACCUGUGCUGGUCCUUCAGAGUUUGAGUCAUGUUUCCAUUUGGCUCUUGUUGCUUUUGGGAACCUCAUUACUGGAGAUGCAGUUUAUGGAGUUCUUUUAUGGCCUUACCAUGGCUGCCCGUGUGGCGUACUCCUCGUACAUUUUCUCGCUAGUACCAGCGACUGUUUAUCAGCGUGUAGCCAGCUACUCCCGCUCAUCUGUGCUCAUGGGAGUCUUCACAAGCUCUGUGCUGGGUCAGAUAUGUGUGUCACUAGGGGGCAUAUCAUACAGGACGUUAAGUGCAGUCUCUCUGGGGCUUGUCACUUUUGGGCUGCUCUUGUCCUUCUGCCUGCCAUGGCCCAAGCGUAGCUUGUUUUUCAACCAAGCCCGUCUGGAUGAGGAAAGGAAGGAAGCAGCUCAAUCGGAAUUGGCCAGAAUGAAGCCUGAAGAGAAGGAUGGCAGUAUGGCUGCACAAGGCAGUAACCACAAAUCAUCUUCCUGGACAAAUUCAGUGUUUAUUCAGAUGUUGAAGGAGUUAAAGAAUGUUGUGAAAGUACCUAGUUUAAGGCUUUGGAGCUUGUGGUGGGUGUUCAACUCCACUGGUUACUAUUUAGUUGUAUUUUAUGUGCACAUCCUGUGGAAUGAAGUCUACCCUGCCACAGAGAAAAUACAUGUCUACAAUGGAGCAGUUGAAUCUGCCUCUACAUUAUUAGGUGCAAUCACGUCAUUUGCAGCAGGAUAUGUGAAAAUUCGAUGGAAUCUUUGGUCUGAGCUGGUGAUUGGAUUGAUCACUGCGGCACAGGCCGGUCUACUGCUUCUCAUGGGCAUCACAGAUAAUAUCUGGGUUUGCUAUGUGGCAUAUGCCCUGUUCAGAGGCUUCUACCAAUUCCUGGUGCCAAUUGCUAUUUUCCAGAUUGCCUCCUCUCUCACUAAAGAACUGUGUGCUUUAGUGUUUGGAGUAAACACUUUUCUUGGAACAGUCCUGAAAACGAUCAUCACUAUCAUUGUGGUAGAUAAGAGGGGAUUGGCUUUGAAUGUUCACUCUCAGUUUUCUGUUUACUUCUUAUACUUCACUCUGCUGACUGUGAUUUAUCUGGGCUGUAGUGCCUUUAUCAUCACAUGUCAUUACCGCAAUCAAAGAGCAGAGAAGGAGACUACAGAAGUAGCCAUAGCCACUGAACUUAGUCCUAUGACAGCAGCUGCUAGUGAUGGCACAACGGCAAAUGGAACCAGCAUCAAGACAUGAGGUUCAAAGGAAUUGUGCCUUCUGGUGGAGUUUCUCCGUUUGUUUAAUCUGUUACUUUAAAAUCAGAACAUUUUAUUAUUUUAAGUAUGAGUAGCUUUUGUUUUAUUAUUUUUAUGUUUGUCCUCGUU